AUGGCACCAAACGGCAAUGUUGCGCAGGCCAAGCGCAAACCAACAGAGAACCAGUUCCUCUUCGAUCUCGGUGUCAAAGGCCGGAAAACGGGUAUUACGCUCCCAGAUACUGGUAUCCGCGAUGAAAAUGGAUUGGAACCUAUGGAUGGACUUUUCUCGUCGCCGAUGAAAGCGCGGGGGAAGACGCCCCAGGUGAAUGGGUUUUCGAAUCGCACGGUGGAAAGUGAGGAUAUGGAUGUUGCGGACAGCACGAUUCCGGAAGUCGAAGAGGUUUUGGAGAAGAGAGCGGGUUAUAGGUUACCACCACGAUCCAAGUCACCGAUUAAAACAUUCUUGAAAUCCCCUGCGAGGAAGAAUCCUUCUUUCGAUGCGGUUUCUUCGCCGACGAGGGGCAGUGUUGUGGUUCCACGCGCGGCGUCGGUUUCGGCUUCCGUGAGGAGGACCUUGAAUUUCUCGAAUGGGGAUAUGAGUCAAUCUAUUUCUACGAUCGCGAAAAGAGCUGGGUCGGCGCUGCCUAGUUUGACGAGUGCGAAGUUGACGGCGACGAACCAUGUUUUUUCAGCAUUGAAUGAUGUCUCCACGGAUAUGGACAGGAGUGAGGAUUACAGUGAGCAGGUUGAGGAUUCGGGACUGGAAGCGAAUGUGGAUUUGGAUGAAUCGUUGCAGAUGGUUGAUACUGGGAAUGGUUAUGAACCUGAGUUUGAGGCAGAGGUGGAGGAGGAGGAGGAGCCUGAACCGGAGCCGGAAAUGGAGUCGGAACCGGAACCAGAACCGCAAGAAGUGGCUACGAAAAAGGGGAAGCGGAAGGCCACUGAGCCUGAGGUCUCGGAACAGCCGGCUAAGAAGGCUCGAGGUCGACCGAAACGGGUUGAUGCGAUUGUAGCUGAGGAAGAAGAGAGGCCAGCAAAAAGAACUCGAAGGUCUCUUGACAAAGCUCCAUCUUCGGAACCAAAACCUCUUCCCAAGAAAAAGAUGGGUCGACCGAAGAAAAUUAUUGAGGAAGAACCUGAGCCUGAGCCGGAGCCUGAGCCUGAAGAGGAGCAUGUGAAGAAGGUAAAAGGAAGACUGAAAAAGAAACCUGAGCCAGAAGAAGCGCCAACCAAGAAGGUCCCAAAACAGGCUCAGAAGACCAAAAAGACUGCCCAAGAAGCAAAGCCAUCGAAAACGGCGCCUAAGAAGUCCGUACUAGCUGCGAUGGAAGAAUUCGAUUCGCCUCAAGUAAAACGCGGUCCUCCUCUUCCAAGAAACAACCGUGGUCUUGUCAUUCUUCGAAGAGAAACCCCGGCGGAAGGACAUGGUUUUAAACAAACCCGCUCAGGACGUAACUCUAUCAAGCCAGUCGCCUAUUGGAAAAACGAGCGCAUAGAAUAUGACCCCGAAGAAAAUGACAACCAGUUCGGCAAAUUCCUCCUCCCCAGCAUCAAAGAAGUCAUCCGCGCCGACGAACCAGAAGAAUCUCAUCGCAAACGCUCCAAACCCACCCACCGAGCCAAAUCCAAAUCCAAAAAACCCCGCCGAACAGCCGACGCCGAUUCUGAAUCAGACGAAGAUGUCUCCCUUGCCGAACCAUGGGAAACCAAUCCAGGCACCUUCCUCGGCGAGAUCCGUCAAUGGGACCCUGCCGACCCGCAAGGCCUCAUGGCUCAGGAAAUCGAAGAGGAAAUCGCCAUCUCGGCCACGGCCAUCGUCACGCAUCCAGUCAAACAGGCGACGUUUAAGUUCGCAAAGACGCUCACGCUGCCGUUUUUUGGCAGCGGCAUGGUGGACCUGCCGCCAGGAGCGUUAAAGAAACAGAAGAAUUCGAGGAGCAUGCAACUUGUCUUUUUUGUGCAUUUCGGACGCGUCAAGGUUGUGGUUAAUGAGACGGAGUUUCGGAUUGGGAAGGGGGGGAUGUGGCAGGUUCCUAGGGGAAAUUCAUACAGCAUCGAAAACGACUACGAUUUUUCCGCGCGCAUCUUCUUUUCUCAGGGUUGCGAGAUUAAUGAGAGAGCGGAUAAUGAGAUUAGUGUUAUGCAGUAG